CCUGCGUUCCUGCACAGGCGUUUAUUGUGGUCUGCACAUGCAGCCAUGUGUUGAGUCGCUGCUGAACUUCCUCGUCCUGCAGAAGAAGAAGAAGGAGGACAGAGGCGUGACGUCGCUGUCCGCAGACAGGCCCGUACGGCAGGGGGAGCGAAGCAGGGACGCGCCGUGCGGGAACGGACGCUGGUUCUGCCGCAGAGCAGACUGCCGAAACGGAGGAGCAGCCGAGGCACAAAACAACCCGACAAUCACGGCAACUUUGCAGAGACGGUAGACGGCCAUAAUGCGGCACCGCCCGCCAGCCCCGGAGCUGAUGUGACUGUGCACACUCGGAGCAGGGAGGAAGCGGCGGACGCCACCACCUCUCCCCGGUUGCAUCGUUGUGGUGUGCGCGGCGGGUCGGUCGGUCUGUCUGUCUGGAGGGGGUGGGGGACAUGUCCUCGCUAACCGUAGAGGAGGAGCAGAAAUGGGUACCAACACACGUCCUGGUGACGGUGCUGAGAGGCAGGGGUUUACGGGGCAAGGGCAAGCAUGGCACCAGCGAUGUGUACACUAUCAUCCAACUAGGGAAGGAGAAAUACUCGACCGGCGUGGUGGAGAAGACCACCGAGCCGGAGUGGAAAGAGGAGUGCUCGUUCGAGCUGCAGCCAGGCGUGCUGGAGAACGGCGGGCGGAGCGGAUACCCGGCCGGGAGCAAAGAGCUGAUCCUGACCGUGAUGCACCGGGCGCUCAUCGGGCAGGACGCGUUUCUCGGACAAGCUGUGAUCCAGCUGGACAAAGUAUUUCACGAAAGUAGAUGUCUGAAAAACGAGUGGUACAGACUCCACUCUAAAACAGGGAAGAAGGAGAAAGAGCGGGGAGACAUUCAAGUCACCAUCCAGUUCACCCGAAACAACCUGACAGCCAGCAUGUACGACCUCGUUAUGAAGGACAAGGGAUCCUCCACCUUUAGUAAAUUGAAAGAGCGUAUAAAGGGGAAGAGGAGAUCAAGCGACGACGACUCCUCGUCCGCCGUCCUGCCAGGUGGCUACGGGUCUCUGUACCGGUUACGCCAAAGACUGCCAAGUGACGGAGGUGGAGAGGAGGAUUAUGAGGAUGAUGAGGGGGGUGAAGCCCGGCGAAGCAAGAUGAGGACCUUCUUCUUCAGGGGAAAGUUGCGGAAAUCGUCUGACACUCGCUCCAGCACAUCUCUGGGGUCUGAGAGUAGCGAGUCAUCAUCACGAGGUGGGAGCCUUAGCCCCACUGCUGGCAUCAGCGUGGUGGUGUCUGACCUCUCAAACUCUCCCAGUAACAGCAGCAACCUGACGGUAGACAGCCCAGACCACACAGCAAACACAUCCCCUAAAUCGUCCUCUCUCAAAUGUGAGUUUGGUGAUGAGACCGGUGAGAUCAGCAUCGCAGUGCCUCAGCACACUGUUUGUGUUAACGGAAGCCAUGCAUACAACGUCCAGCCCUUGGACCCAGGCUCAGGAAAACCUGCAGGUUCUUUAGGCCUGGGCCCGUUGCAGAAGUCCUUGCCUCUCUCUGUGUCUCUACAGAACCUCAGCACUCGGCCGGACACAAACCUGCAGAAAGGCCCCGUGGGAGAUGGGCGCCGCUGGUCUUUUGACAGACCUGGUGAGGAGGAGAAAGCUGCCAUAGCAGCGGCCCUGGAGAAAAGUGGCCCCAUGACGGCCGAAGAAGAGGAGCGUUCGGAACAGACUAGCCUGCCAAAAGCUGCUUCGUCAUUUUCUGCCUCCAAGGCGGAGUCGGAGAUCCAUGGGAAAAAGAAGAGGAACUUGUUCUCGCAUGGGCGGAGUGAGUCUGCGGGGAAGAGUCAGAGUCAGUCAAAGGACAUGUCUGAACAGGUCUCCGCUGUCACUGAGGAGAAACACAAGGGCUGGUUCGGAUCAAAGGAGUUGCACAGCAAACCCAGCCUGGUGGUUUCACCUAAACUAGAGCCCAGCACUGACCCCCACCCACCACCCUCUCCACCUAGCCACCACCCCUUGGGUACCCCUGUAGAUUCUGCCUCUUUGGUUUUUACACUGCACCACACUAACCCCUUCUCCCACUCACAGAGCACACCACCUCCCAUAUCCCCCUGCAACCCUUUCUAUUCUCUCCUGCAGCAUAACCCUUUCUAUAAAGAAAUGCAAACCCCUAAUAGCCUAAAACCUUCACUGCCUCCUUUGCCCUAUCUUUCCAGCUCGCGGCCUCCCAUAACCCAACUCUUUCCUCAGCCAAGUAACCCUAACUCUGUCCUGACUCACAACAACCCAACCAAAGAAGACUCCAUCAUUGGUGCCGAUGCAAAACGCGAAAUGAAAGUUGAGAAAAGACCUCUUCCACCACCUCCCACGGAAUGGAGAAAGACUCUUCCCAAGAAGUCGUCCAACCCUUUUAUGUCUGUAGGGGAGCUUAAACCGGACUCAGAGUGGGAUGAAUCCUUUGAAGCGUUUGCAGCUGGCAGGCUGCAGUCUCCUGAGGGAAUCACUACAGAAUGCAGAACACAGCGAAACACACUCAGUGACCAUCCACUGGAACACUGCAAUAAUAAAGCAGCCUUACAACCAGGAAUAGAUGCUGAUGAACACACAAAUGUUUAUGACUCUCUACAUCAUCCCCCUGGCAUAAAAUUUAUAUCUGAGGCACAUGAGGUCCCCAUCCAGGCACCCAAUGCUAUUACACAUCAUUUUGACACUUUUCCACAAUUCCUUGAAACAAUCCCAGAGCAGAGAAGCUUUGAGAAUGACGACAUGACCGUAAACACUCUGAUUAACUCUCCAACACUCUGUGCUUUCAAUGAAUCUAAACAAGACAACACUACUAAUGAUGUAACUAACACUAUCAUGAAUUCAGCGCCCUUUCAUGUUUCACAAACACAACUCAACAGUGGCUCUCCUGAUCCUACCUCUUCAGGCCUCGGCAGUUCAGCAGAGGAAGAUGGCUUCUCCUGUUUCUCCUCUCACUCUGAUAAAUUCUCUGCAUCCUCUUCUGAGGAAGCUGACAGCAGCAUCAUCCGCCUUGAACUUUUCUCUGAGUCAGCUUUGGGGAAAAAUGGAAAGCCCUCAGACGCUAAAGGUGGCAUUGCUGACAGGUCAGAUGGUCAGUUUUCAGUUGAUGUGGCCCGGCAAACUCAAAUUCCUCAAGAAGGUGGUGAUGGUGAAAAGGUGGAGUUGAGUGAUUCAGAGGGGUCUUUAACAUUGCAGACAUGGGAAACGGGAAGUAAAGGUGGAGAUGCACCAAACGUUUCUAUUGUGCACCCUGACCUGUUGCCGAAACCAUCUGAACCACAAUCAGACAAUGCAAGUAGAGACGCAAGUAAAGAGGAAUUAAAUAUUUCUACAUUUUUUUCCAAGGAUUUCAGUGGUAGUUCUGUGAACAAUGCUACCGCAGUAAUUCUUGGCUCUCCAGAUAAUGAACUCUCCACUACUGGAACUUCAAUUCAAAUCAUGACUUCCUCCCCUGAAAUCAAGCUUGGUUUCUCGGAAGUAUCCCUUGAGGACACUGGGGUAAAGGAGCAGGAUGCCAACCAUGACUCUCAUGUACCAUUUAGCCUUUUUGGUGACUCCCUCAACAUCAGUCACAUUGCAAACAGUCCAAACCAAGGCUUUGACAGCAAUUUGUUGCACACACAUAUAUUUAAUCAGAGUGGCAGCAGCUCACUCCCAAGCCUUUACGUCAGCACUGACUCACAGGAAUACCAAACCUGUGAUUCCUACCAGUCUUCCAAACACACCAGUUUCUCUGAGCUGAAUGAGACGCUCUAUUCUGCUAAUUCGACACUGUGUGGUGAGUUAAGUGACAUUCAGAUCACCUCUUGUGCUGCUAAUGAAGAAACCAGCCUGUUUGGCAAUUUCGUAGAACCCAGUGGGGUUCAAAGCAAAAUGGAAACUCCUGAGGAAAGCCUCACAAUAGGAGAUGGAUUACAAGUACUCCCUGCAGCACCACCUUCCUCUAACAUGGUCCAUAAUCCAAAAGGCUUCAGUGAAGAAGAGGUAGAGAAACAGUGUGGUGUCUCAGCUGACAUGUUUUCAAAAUACUCAGAAGCACAAAAUGCUUCGCUACAACGCUCCCAGUCCGAAAGCAGCCUGGCACCCGCUUUUGAUCUACCCCUCCUACCCACUUUUGGGAGUGAUCCCGGCCCAAUCCAGGAGUCUUUUUCAGCUCAGCUAGGCCCUGAAUUCCCUUCUUUGAUCCCUUUCACUCCUUCUUUAACCCCUGAAAGCAAUAGCUCCCAGGUAGCGAUUUUUGCCCUUCCUCCCCUUUCAAACAUUUCAGCGACAUUCCCGCCCAGCUCUGCACAAGGUGCCGAACCAAAGCCGGCACCAGAGGACACAGAGCAGCAGCAGGAUGCAGCCGACCCGCUGAACAGCCCCCACCCAGUGAAGCCCCUGACAACUGCCAUGCUGUCUGAGGAGAAGCGGUCAGUGUUGGUCACCAGCCUGGAGAAGCUCAAGUCCACCAUCCACCCGGGGAAGAGCAGCCAGAUCACCGAGCAGGAGACAGACAGGAAGAAGUCUCUGACAGAGGGUGCAGGCUCGUAUUACCACCUGACUCACAGUGAACUGGUCGCCCUGCUGGUGCAACGUGAGGCGGACCUGGAGAGGCAGAAGGCAGAGUUUGAGCGUCAGAAACUUUUGCUGGCCAAGCGGGAGGUGGAGCUGAGGAAGCUGAAGCCGCAGGUCAAAGACCUGGAGGACUACAUCGACACGCUGCUGGUGCGCAUCAUGGAGCAGAAGCCCACGCUCCUGCAAGUGCGCUCCAAGUUCAAGUGACAAAGGAGGCAAAAAAGGGGCUGCGAUCCAGUCCGCAUCCGUUCACUCUAACCUCCACAACAGCUCUUUAGUCUUUUCACUGCUAUGCUGUCCUUUUUGAUACGAAUAUUUAGGCACUGAGAGAUGUUGAGGCGAUGCUUUCAGGCCGGCAUGCUUCACUGUACUGAAACGCGUCCUUGAGCGGUUUUGAAUGUAGCGCAUCCUCAGGUUGUUUUCAGGUUCACAAAGCCAGGUGGUGGGCUCCAAAACGCUUCCAUUAUGGGAUCCUGAUUGUAGAAGCAUCAAAAUCCUCCUUUUCACCUCACCUAUCACUUCUGUCUUUUUGUCACGAGUGAGAAGACUGUAGGGUUUCAGUCCAGAACAGUUUUUUUUAUCAUUUAUUUGACAGUGUUAAAGUGUUAACUGGUGAUCACAUGUUUUGUUAAAUACCAUUUUCACAGCAUAGCUUUAGAUUUUCAAUUGAUUCUCUCUUUGAAAGGCAGAAAUUCAUUAAGCUGUUUAAAAUGAGAAGAUAUUUAUUUUAUUACAUAUGGUAAAAAAAAAAAAAAAAAAGGAAAUGGUUUGUUUUUGGUCAUCAACUGGUAAACAAAUUAUUUGACCUCUGUAAUGUGAGCUUUUGGAGCUCCAAGGGGAUGUUUUCAAAGCUCCAUCUACAGCUAGUGCAUUACACAAAUGCUUGACUAACAAAUAACAAAGGAAGCAAAGCGUUUUCUGCAAGCUGAGGCUUGACUGAGAUGAUCCUGACACGUUGGAAAGGAAGAUGGGAAGGAAAUCAGUCCAAAAUCUUAUCAAAUAUGUUGUGUAGAAAUUGUCAGCCUUCACGUCUAGCCAAAUUUCGUACGUGAGAAAGAUGAUCAAAAACUUCUUUUGCGUCCUUGUUUGAUUGGCGCCACGUUUUCCAGAUGUUUUAUGUGCUGUUUUGGAUUGAUUCUCUACAAAUGUUGCCUGCUAACAAGAAGCACGAGAGCUGAGCCUCAUCAUGUGCACAUGACCGGGAACUGAUGGUAGCUUCCAAAUGUUCAAAAGUGUUCUUAGCCAACAUGUGAGUGGUUUUUGUUUUCAGCGCAUGAUAGGUGCUGUUUAUCUUUUGCUCGCUCCUUCCUUUUUCCUUCCAUAUUUUCUAUUUCUCUCUGUUCUGUGGAGGCUUGCUCCUUGAAAUCGUUUGUGAUGCUCAGCUGCAUGAGCUGACUGAUGCUCAUAUGGGUCACAGUGUUAUCAGGUGAAGACAGUAUCACUCUGUAUCAAGAUCAGGCAGAGGAGCCUCUCUGAUCUUCAUGCUUCUUCCUUCCCCACAUGCGAGUUAUCGACACAACUCCAGGGCGUUGAGAGGAUGCCUGCAACAUGCUGGUGCUUGACUCCCCCACCAUCCCUCCCUCCGUCGGUUUCGGUGUGUCACAUGUGCUUCUGCUCCUGCACGCAUAACGCUUUCAGGUGUCACAAAGGGAUAUAUAGCGCAUUUUUACAGCAUAUAUGCCGUAUUGAAAUGCCCAACGCUGCCUUAUUUUUGUUCUGUUUUGACGUGUUGACGUCACCUUACUCGUCAGGGCUUGGGAAGAGGUUUUGAAAAAGUAAAGCCAUCUGUUCACUCGGAAGGGUUUCAUUUUCUUUUUACUCUACUGAUGCUUUGUUAUGAUAUUGUUUAGAUCACAGCACACAAAUAAAUUGUAUGCAUACCAAUAGGAAAUAAGUAAUAAAUGCCAAAAAAAAGCAAACAAAAAAAGGAAAGAAAAAACACAAAGCCUUGAAACUUAAUCUAUAGAGCUGAUUGAUACACCAUUAAGUAUUCUGAUAUGAUGCCACUUUUAACAGCAUUUGUGGAUGUUCUUGCACUACUUAAUUGUCAGAAGAAGAACUCUACUGUACCUGUCUGUGUGAUAUCGGUAGAGAUAGAUCGACUGUACACUGUACUGCACUUUUUAAAUCGCUCUGUGAUUAAGCACUCGGCCUUCUCUUGACACCACGAUGAUGAUUUGCCAGUGAACUCAAAGCAUACACCAUCCAAAAAAACAAUGUCAUCACCUUGGUUCUGUUGUGUGAUUGCAAUAUCAAGAGUGUAGAUGACGAUAGAAACUUACUGAAUAUGACUCGGCGCUUUCAAAGUACGAGAACAAGCGUCCUCUUUCAUGUCUUCCAUUUGACCAGGUUUUUAUUUAAGUUUGAACUGAUUGUAUUUUGUCCUCAACUGUGUAGCCAGUGGAUUGUGCUCAAGGUGGUAAGUUACAUUGGAAAGUUUACAAUCCGUGAUGCAAUUCUGUUUCACAAAUUUUGUAUAUUUAAUAAAGAGUAUUUUGUGUUUCCUGCU